AUGACUUUUUCACUGUCAGCCCGACAAGGCCUUCUCACUCGAACAGGAAAUCGCUUGUCCACUAUUCUGGAGGAAGAAGCAAACCUCUUGGACAUGCAAUUCGAUCCCUCAAUGAUGGACGACUCCGAUAUCAGAACCCUUCGACGGCGUAUUCGCAGAGCCAACGUUGUUCUUGAAACUGAAGCAAACAAACUCAAAAUUGCUCUAGAGAACUAUGGAAGAGCUGCGGACAACUUGGACAAAGAAACACCAUCCAUAUCAGAAAUCAUAUCAAGAGUGGAGGCGAAUAUGGACCCAGCUCAAGGACUCUUGGAUCAGACCCAAAAGGCUGUGACAGACCUGACAAGGCUCCAACAAGAUCUCGAAGAAUCACGAAAUUACGAUACCACCACAUCGCUAGAUGUCCACGAAAUGAAACUUACACCAAUUCCUACUCCUAAAUUCAAUGGGCGGAUCUGGGAAUGGGAAACCUUUUGGAGAUCGUUUGAACACACGGUACACUCAAGAAACAUCGACAAUUUGUUCAAAUUGAACUAUCUUCUUGAUGUCUUACGAGGAGAUGCGAGGGAGUCGGCUUUGGUGGACCAGCUUCUACAUAAACUUGCAACGACAACAGCUCGGAACGAACGGCUGGAAGAGCAGGAAACGUUGCGUGAACAACUACAUUCCAUCGUCUCACAGCUAAAUCUCAAAGGAGAACAUAUAGACAACACGUUCCUGCAGAAGCAGCUUCUAGCUAAAUUCUCAGUGGACAUACAGCGACACAUCUUGCGGCAGAAAGCAUAUCAUGAGAAGGACAAUACGUGGAAUACAAUGGCCCUGCUUUCAACAGCCAAGGAGUACGUCAAGUCCGAACUCAAGAUCACUCGACAAGUGGAGCAAUAUCAGCACAAUCCAACUAGGAAACGGCAACAUGUUGUACCGGAAAAUAGAGAUACCAGCAAUAUCCCCACGAAGUGGCGACCGACGAAUUGCUUCUACUGUAACAAAUGCGGACACCAACCAAAAAAUUGUACUGAAGUACCGACAAUCGAGCAACGGCUACACAUCAUGAAAACGAAGAAACUCUGUCACAAUUGUGGAGCCAACGACCACAUAGCUACGAAGUGUCCUAGAGGAUCCUGCCGCGUUUGCGGAACAACCGGACAUCAUACGUCUAUCUGCAAAAAACUCUUCGACUCACACUCACCACCACGUUUACCUCCACCAGUAAAACUGCCUAAGAAACAAUCACAGCCAACGAAACCGACGACACGGGCAUCGGCGACGCCUGCGAAGGUGAAUUCAGUCAAUUUCGAGCCCACACUCGAUGUGAAGCCGCAACCGAAUACAGCCCUGCAUGUCAACGACAAUACAGAAGUCAUGAUACUCGCAGGGCAAGCACAGGUGCUUAAUCCAGAAUCGGCAAUGCUGGAGCCCAUAUACGUGAUACUCGACACAGGAGCCGACAGAUCGUUCAUCAGCAACGAGUUCGCCAAACGACUGCAACUGAAAGACGUGGCUUACCAUCAGCACCUUUGGAUCGGACGCACCACUGGUGAAGACGUGUGGAAUCACGGUACUGCAAAUGUGGGAUGCCAACGGAGCUCCGCACACUUUUACGAUAACCAGAAUCGAUAA